AUGGCGUUGUUUGAACAAAACGAAGAAUUAUUAAAUCUUUUUGAAAAAUUUCGUGAAUUGAAAACAAAAGAGCAACAAGCGAGCAGCAUGGAAUUACAGGAGCACGCAAUGAACGUUAUGAAAACGGUUGACGAAGCCAUUCGAGAACUCGAUAAUUUGGAUGGAUUUUUCAUUUACCUUCAUCAAGUUGGAUCCUCGCAUAGGAAAAUUCCAGGAUUUAAACCAGAUUAUUUUUUGAAAAUAGAACAACCUUUUCUUCAAGCUGUCAAAGAUACGCUAGGAGACAGAUAUACGGAAAACGUUGAAAGAAUUUACAACAUAACAAUUAAAUUAAUAAUAACGACGCUUAUGGAAGGUUACACGGACUAUGGAAAAUCGUGA